AUGAUGUAUUCAAAAGCUGGCAAAAUUUCAAUUGAACUCUUUCCAUGGAUAUAAUAGAGAGAUGCAAUUAUCAAUGGGGAGAAAAAAAAAACUUAUGAAAUAUCAAUUUUUGAUGAAAUUCCUCAUAGUAAAAGACCUUAUAAGAGUUUCAAAGAAAAUAAUAAAUCCCCCCCAAAAGAUAGCUCACAACCAAAGGUUUAACCAUUUUCAAAAUAAGUUGGAAGAGUGGAAUCUAAAAAGGAGUUAGAUAGAUAUGGAUUUUAUAAUCCAAAAUAUCACUUAGUGCAGAGAAGGUCACCUUUAACUGAUAGUCCUGAUCAUUUUAAAUAAAUAAAUAGUGAUCGAUCUUUAUCUUCGAAAACUAUUAAAAGAUCCAUAAAAAUAUAGUAACCUACUUUAAAACAUAAUUGUGAAACAAGUAAAGAAUAUCUACAAAAAAAAUAACUGUAAAAAGAAAAAAAGCUAAGAGCCCAAGAAUAUUAACCAGAAUUGAACAGAUUUCCCUUACCAGAAGGGCCAAAUGAACAUAGAUUUGAAUACUAAAAUUAUCCCUAAUCUUAAUAUGAUAGAUCUCCAAAUCCAAUAAUUAGACAAUUAUCUAGUUCUUCAAAAUUGAAAUUUAAAGAAGUAAGACAACCAUUUGAUAAAAUAAUAGUAAAAGAAUGGUUAAAUUUAUGAUCUAAAUUACACUGUAAUAUAUCCAAAAUCUGAUAAGAUGAUACCUGUAUUAGAUAAAUUAACACCAAGAUAACCAUUUAAUAGUGAAAAACCCAUUUAUACUUAUCAUGAGACAUUGUCUGAUGAUACUCCAAAGAAACGUAAUAGCCCUCAAUCAUUUAAAUUGGAUUAGUAAAUUUCUAGAGAAAAAGCAAUGAGUUACUAUUCCUCUAUAAGAAGACUUUAUUAUUUAUGA